GGCUUCACCGAACGAACCAAUCCCGCUGCAGCACACGGAACCAUCUUGUAUCGCGUGAGCUAACGUUAAACACAGUCGCACGAAGAGCUGGGCGGAAGUGUGAGCGGAGGAAGGCUGCACGGAAAGAACAAUGGGAGUCAACGUUGAGACUUUAAGACCAGGAGACGGGAAGACGUUUCCUCGGAAAGGACAGACUGUUACCGUGCACUACGUUGGCACACUGACAAAUGGGAAAAAGUUUGACUCCUCCAGGGACCGGGGAGAGCCCUUUAAAUUCAAGAUUGGACAGGGCGAAGUAAUUCGUGGUUGGGAUGAUGGUGUAGCUCAGAUGAGCCGUGGCCAAGUGGCCAGGUUGACCUGCUCACCGGACUACGCGUACGGCGCUGCUGGAUGCCCGCCAGCCAUCCCUUCUAAUGCCAUUCUCCACUUUGAGGUGGAGCUUAUAAAUUGCUGAGUAUUUAAGAUGAGGAUUGUUUCAUUCCACCCACGUCUCUGACACAAAUGGCUGUUUAAUCAAGGGUGCUGUUAGGAGCAUUUUUAUACAUGAAUAAAUCAUUGUAGAAAUAAUUCUGUUGUCUUAGUACAGCUGAAACAAAAGAGGCCAGUGAGAAUGUUGGUCUUAAGAUGACACUCGGAUCCAAAAACCUUAAAGAAUUGUACUGCAUUUUGGGGGAAGUGUGCAUUUGCUUUCUUGCUGGAUGUUAGUUUGAUAACACGCUCCCGCCUGUCUGCCAGCAGCUCUAGCAGAUCACCAAUUAAUUCACUGUCUUUGCUUAAUCCAUCUAAAAACAAAAGUGUGAAAACAUGUUGUGCUUUUAGGAGGGUAACAGCCAAUCUGGCUCUUUUCACUCUUUCUGCUUAGGCAAGCUAAGCUGCUGCUGGCUGUAGCUUCAUAUUUUUAGACAUGAGUGAUAUCAAUCUUGCCAUCUAACUCUGAGCAGGGGAUUGUACCCACAAAUACAAAAUAUUCCUGUAAAAAAAAAAAAAUUUGUGUUAAACCGUAGGAUGUGAACUCUUCUAUAUGUCAUGAAAUCCCUAAAUUUUCAGGUAUAGUAGAGGACACUACCUCUGUGUCUGGUCAGGCUGUUUGAACAUAAUCCUAAUAAUGAGUUGAUCAUCCAGUGCAUCUUAUAAAUUUGAUUUGACCUUCAUUCUUUACCUGUUAAAUCUUCAACUCAUCCAUCAGCUAUUAAAUAACACAAAAGAUGCAUAAUGGAAUAAGAGCAACAAACAAAGGAACAUUAUGUCCUUUGAAUGAAACCAUUGUCUUUCUGAUAGUGAGUUGAUCAUCCAGUGCAUCUUAUAAGAAUGAACCAGAGGAACCUAAUGUUGGAGGAAGCCGACCGUUGGAAAGAGUUUAUUCCAAUGUAUCAAAAGAAGUAAUGAUUUUAAUUUCAAAAAUGCUCAUGUAACACCUUUAAUUAAAAGCAGAUUUGUUUUUUUCCAGCAUGAAUUUAUCCUUCCAGUAGAUGCAUUGAGUUAGUUUAAAACUUUGACGCAUUGUAAAGAAACAUGUUUUAUGUUUGGAAACAAAUUUCUCCUGAUUUUGAUCCAUGUUUCAUUCCAGCUUGUGUCACCAUUUACAAUAUUGAGAUCAGAUUUUGAAACCUUUUCCUUAUGCCGGGUCUUUUUGUCCGGUUAUAGACCCGAAGUGCUCUUCUAUUAUGUCACAAUACUUAACCUUUUUUGGUAUUGUCUUCUUCAUUGUAUCAUCCAUUAGAAAUGGUUUUAUCCAUGUCUAUUGCAUUUCUUCCAUUAAAAAGAGAACAGUUUACUGUA